AUAAACACAAGUUUCACCUUCCACGUAAAGAUCUAAGCUAAUUGUUUGCAACCAAUUCUUGUGAUAUUAUGCAUUAAAAUCAAGUUUAGCGGUAAAAGUAUAAAGAAUUGAUUCGCAAAUUCGGAAAGUUACGUACAUUCUUCCGUGCACGUUAACUAUAUAUAUAUAGUGCGUCGUACAGUAUAUAGAAGAAAGGAUAGCAGAGUGUAUAUAGCUUUAUGUCGAGGUUGCUCGUCGAAUGAAACUGGUUUUUACACGCAAUUAUACAAACGCGCAUAUAUAUAUAUGUACAAAUCAAGAGACUUUCGAAUAUCGAGACCUUCUGAUUAAGUAUAACAGCUUGUUUUUGUUCAUUGUCCCGGUCACAGCCAGAAAACUACUCGCGCAGGCAGUGCUUCUCACGCGACUAAUAGUUUUUACGAGCUUCUCAAUUGGCAAAGUAUGGCAUUAUCACGUAUUGGUUCGUCGGCUGAACUCGCUAAUGUUUUUGCGAGAUUGUCUUAUACAGCAACAACGCCGCGGCGACCGAGCGCGGAAAAACUACACGCAACAACACCGAAAGUCUACCCAGAAGCUCCAUCGAUUCCCUUACCGUCAAACGUCUCAGAAAUCUUCAACAUCGUGACAUCGCGUUUCACUCCGGAACGCGCGAGAGAUAUUGCCGCUCCGUUAUUUCUCUAUAAUAACAGCACCGACAAAUUUACCAGUGCCUCCAUCAGCUUCAAUCAUGCCAAAAUGCAUCAAUUGGAUUCGCGAGUCGACUCAUACGACUGCUUCGAUACUGUUAGCUUGAACAGUGCCAUGCAGACCAAUGUACCAAAGCCAUUCUGUGCCACUGGAAGGUCAACGUACUUGAACAUGCCUGGUGGACAGUGGAGAAGAGAUGGCAAAUAUCUCGCGGAAAUAAUGACGAAAUCCAUUUUCAGCGUUGCACAGAUGCAACAGAGCAAGAAAACUGGUAAUCACGAGAUGGACUCAUUAAGUCAACACAUCAUUCGCAGCCACUCGACGGCAUCUGCAUCUCGACCAGAGGAGACAAGAGACGUCAAGAAAUCGAGCAUGCAGAUGUCAAAGAAGGAGAGGCUGCAACUUCUUAUUAGAGACUACGGCAGGACUGUCAUUGUCUUUCACAUUGGCAUCUCGCUGAUAUCGCUCGGAACAUUCUACGCACUUGUCUCUAGUGGUCUGGACAUGACGCCAGUCAUAAAAAUCUUCACUCCAACGGCAACUGAAGCUGAUCCUAAUGCUGAUCUUCUGGUCAACACAAUCAUGGGCGAAGGUUCCACUUUUCUUAUCGCCUAUGCUAUCCACAAAUUGUUUGCACCGAUCCGGAUUUCGUUGACUCUCGGUGCAACGCCCAUAAUCGUCAGAUAUCUCCGAAAUAAAGGAAUACUUCGACCGCCCAAACCUACUGUUAAAAAAAGUACACUUACGCCGCCGCCAUCGAGAUGAGAGUAAAAAUGAUUGUUACAUUUUUUGUUAUUGUUGGUUCGACUUAGAUAUCAAUUGUGGUGUAUCAGUGAGAUUUAUACGGUGUUGAAAGUUGUUUUUCGAGUACGCGUUGCUCGAGUAUUGAACCAGACUUUUUUGUAAUAUGAUAAAACAUUAUGACUAAAA